AUGUUCUGCCAUUCGGUUCGAAACCCAGCCACAGAAUAUGCAGCCCGGCUCGAGCAGGUUGUGAUUCACCCCCAGUCACGAACCACCUCGGUCAAGGGCCAACUAGACAUUACUAUAGGGGUUCCUGGACAUGGCCCGGUGCUGCUGCAGCUGGAACCCAAUCGGGAAAUUUUCGUCCAGGAUACUUAUAUCGAGUACCUGAACGGCACAAACCCUCAACCACUCAAUGCAGAAAGGGAAAGAGUGUUUCGGGGUGAGGUCCUGGUAAAUUCUUCCAGCAAUGCAUGGCAUUCGGCAGGGCGAGCACGCAUAUAUCUCGUUCAAGGUGGGACAAGUCCGCUAAUUGAGGGAGCCUUCACUCUGUUCGAUCAGCAAUAUCACGUCAACCUAGUCACGCAGACCAACUCCUCCCAUCCGCACAUGGAAAUUAGCGCGUCUGGGGAUUCUACAAGUACACUGUCUCAUAAUACAGUCUUUCCCCGCCAAUCCACCGAAGACAACACUUGCUCCAGGCCCCGGAGGGUCGCUCUGAUCGGACUCGCCACAGAUUGCUCCUACCGUGCCGCAUUCUCCUCCACAGAUGAGCUCCGCCGAGGACUAAUCAGCAUGGUGAACACCGCCUCAGAGGUCUACGAGCGGACUUGGAACAUCUCGCUCGCCAUCCGUAACAUCACCAUUAGCGACGAGUCAUGCCCCGAAACACCCCCGCGGGACACCGCAUGGAACGCCGCCUGCUCCAGUGGGAAUUUGGACUGGCGACUCCAGGAAUUUGCCGCGUGGCGACGCUGGCACUACGACCCCAAUGCCUACUGGACUCUGAUGACGAAUUGUCCCACAGGGAAUGUGGUGGGCGUAUCAAUCGUGGGAGGGCUCUGCACUUCUUACUCCGGGGCAAAUGUAGUGGCACGGACGUCCAAUCAAUGGCAGGUUUUUGCGUACGUUUACUCGGCCAAUUAUGCCCUAAGAUCCAUACUAAUUUUGCCGUAUGGAUACAGUCACGAAACCGGCCACAUGUUUGGCGCGACCCAUGACUGCGACUCUCAAACCUGCUCCACCUCUAAUGGAGAUUGCUGUCCCCUGUCUUCGAGCACCUGCGAUGCCGGCGGACAGUAUAUCAUGAACCCAUCUUCCACAUCCUACCAAACGUCCUUCUCGCCCUGUACUGUCGGACAAGUCUGCUCCUUACUCCGCUCUGGCAGAGUAGAGAGCGACUGCCUUGUGCACAGCAACAAUACCGGGCCUACCAUCAGUGGGCCUUCUACACCUGCCGGUGAGUGUGGUAAUGGCAUUGUCGAGGAUGGUGAGGAGUGCGAUUGCGGUGAGAACUGCGCCGACAAUUCCUGCUGCGUCAACUGCCGGUUUGUUGAUGGCUCGCAAUGUGGCAGUGGCAGUGACCGUUGCCGAUCUGGACGCUGCGAAGGUAGUGAGGAUCGCCGCCCAUUAGGGGGAUAUGAACCGCUGGUUAUUGGUCUGGCUGCCGGUAUAGGUGGGGGGUUGCUUCUUGGAAUUGUGAUUGCCAUUGUUUGGCGUUGCUGUUGUCGGAGGAGGAGAGUGGAUAAACAGGCCGAAAUAAUAUCUGGACCUCCUUCUUACGCUAGAGAAGUAAAUAAUCAUAUAUACCGAUAG